AUGGCCCUGAUUAGGAUAGCUCUUCUCCUCGUCGCUUGGACGAGCUAUAGCAUCGCCUACACUUCGCCCAACCCGGCGCCUCCGCCGGAAAGGCAGACUUCUUAUCAGAAAUUAGGGCCAGCCCUUGGAGCUGCAUUCAUGCAGCCCAACUACAGCCGUCUGAGGGCUGUGAUGCAGAAGAUAUUUGUGUCUGGUCUCAUGGUACUGGAAGUCGCUUUUGCGAGUGACGUGUCGAGUAUCCGUCAGCUACUACCUGCCGCUACGGGUCCAGCUCAUCAGCCAAGCUACAUCUCACCGGGCUUCGUGCUGGGCGUGUUAUGCACCUUAUCCGGUGCACUCGUGCGGAUCUGGUCAUAUCACGUUAUGGGCGCGCAUUUCACCUUCCAAUUAUCGCUUCUCAAGGACCACAAGCUCAUCACCACCGGCCCAUAUGCCUAUGUGCGACACCCAUCCUACACAGCGCUAUUCAUGACCGUCGUUGGGAUCUUCAUCUGCGAGCUGUCCGGUGGUUCGUGGUUCAUGGAGGCGCAUGUAUUCGACACUCUACUGGGAAAAGUUAUCGCUCUAUGUGCGGCGUGCUGUAUAGUCAUUUUGGUGUCAGUGGUAUCGCGCUCCACGAAGGAGGAUAAGUUGCUAUCGGAGAGUUUUGGCAAGGAGUGGACGGAGUGGGAGAAAAGGGUGCCAUAUCGCUUCAUACCAGGCCUCAUGUAG